AUGACUACCUAUGCCUUCAGAUUCAAGUUUUGGGGCUGCUCCGUUUCAAAAUGCCAGGCAGCUUCGGCAAUCGAUAUCGGAUCUUGCGAGCGCUGUCAACGCCAUUAUUGGGCAGACAAUUUUGUUCUCCAGAUCAUCUCUGCAAAACGACACCUCUUGACGACGAUGCUUGGAUCGCUGCUCGAACUGAAGAGGUAA